UAUCAUCACCAUCAGGAUCAUCACCACAAGCAACAUAGACAUCUUCACUCAUCAAUCAUAUAUAAAAUCUCCUCUCUUCCAAAAGACUCAGUAGAGUAACAUAGACAUCUCAUCUCAACUCAGAAACAACCAAAAAAAGUCCACUUCGAAAACCCAACCUUGUCUUAUUAGACCCUUAUAACGAACACAUCCUCCACACUGAUUGAACCAUCAUCACCUGUUUCAAACUCCAAAAACCCUUAAAAUCAUUCAAAAAUGUCUGCCAUCGCCGCUAACGCCGUCCGAUCCCCCCUCUCCGCCCUUGCCAGGCAAGCCUUCAAGAGCUUCCGUCAAUCGGCCCGGAUCGUCGAGGGGCCUACUGAAGCCUUACCUGCAACUGUCCCCUCUCAACGCGCAGAUUGGGGCCGCAUUGCACGAACUCGUGUCGGCGUUGCAGCUGUAUACUUCCCCGUCCUAGGUGGUUUCCUCUCCUGGCCCUUCAUCGCCAAGGCUUUCCUCGACGGACGCAUGUAAAAGAUGCAAACUUCGCUUCGAACGUGUGCAUAAUUUGCACAAACAUGCAUUAAUAGCUUCCAUUACUAUCACAACAACAGGCUAUACGUAUAGCUGUACAUAGAAUCCCCACACACACAUCUACGACAUCCGGAAGGCGUUUCAUUUGAGUUUCUAGAAACAGACAGGUACAGAAUACCUGGGAUGUUUUCUACAUCAU